AGGCUCAAGGUGCCUCGCGUUUAGAAGCGAUGACGUACACUUGAGUGGCCCGUGCCUCGCGUGCGGGGGGCACGCCAUUUGCAUAAUGAAGAUAGCGCGGAACGCCAGUGACGUCGCGGCCGCGGCAAACGGUGCUUCGGCGUUGCGAAGCAGAGGGAGCUUCGCCAGGCAUCCGUCCGUUGCAGACUUAGCUUCGGAGCACUCCCUUUUCGCGACGCUUUCGAGGUCGCUGACUGUCCGGUCCGCCUCGGACCCCAGCGCCGGCGGCUUCACGUCGAUGCUCGUGGGCAUCGGGGCGCUGGUGUGCCUGCUGCUGUGCGUCGGCACGCUGCUGGCCCGCUCCGAGAAGCACGAGGACGACGAUGCGGCCUCGUCCAGUGACGACACAGAGCGAGUCGGCGGGCAGCCGUCCACUGGCAGCGCCAAGGUGCGCAGAGCGAGCACCACAUCGGCAAAGUCCGCGAGGAAGGGCCUGUUCCACUUCCUGCCGACGUCGGGAAGGUCGUCGCCCGGCCGCUACCGCGAGGCGCGCGACCUCCCCACCUCCAGCGGGGAGUCGGACAGCGACGUGUCGUCGCAGGCCACCUCUCGGAAGCCGCGGGAGCCUGCGGGCGUGCUCUGCGCGGCGCGGCCGGGAGCUCGCGGCGCCGCAGGCACUGCCGCGGCUCCUGAGGGCCUGGCUCGCUCGGACGGCCUGUGCUGGCCCCUGGACGGCCUCGCGCGGGGUGUGCCCCUGGUCGCCGCCACCACUGCCACUGUCGUCUGCACGCAAGGAUCGAUGCACAUGGAGUGCUUCCUCUGGCUUCCUGGAGCUCUGGCCACGGUCUUGGACGACCACUUGAGUACGCUCGCGUGCAUGUUGCACCUCUCGGCGGCCGCGAUGGCCGCGUUGCGCGCCAGCUCCGCCGGGCCCCGCGCCCCCGCGCCCGCGGCGUUGCACGCUCGCGGCGGCUCCGCGGGCCUCGGCCGGCGGCUGCGCGCCGGCCGGCGCGCCAGCCGGCGCGUGGCGGAGGAGUGGGGCGCGGAGGAGCCGCAGGCCACGCAGGAGUGGUGCGGCCAGGCGGUGCGGCGCGCGCAGGAGCUCGGCGACUGGGCCGCGCGCGCGGCCGCCGCGCGCGGGCUGCUGCAGCGCGAGGAGGCGCGUCUGGGCGCCAGCGCGCGCGAGGCCGCCUGGCUGCGGGGCGCGCUGCAGGCCUCGCGCGCGGGGCUGGUCAGCCUGCACGCCGACCCUGAGCGGCUGGAGGAGGAGCGCGCCCGCUGGGAGGCAGAUGCCGACGCCGCCCGCGCCCGCACGCGCCGCCUGGAGCAGCGCCUGCUCGCGCUGCACCGCCCCCGCCGCCAGCCCGCCCCCGCACGGCCCUCCGCGGAGGAGCAGCGGCGGCAGCGGCAGCUGGAGGACCUGGGCCGCAGGCGCAUCGCGCUGCAGGGGCAGCGGGAUGCGAUGAGCCUGCGCCGGGAGGAGCGCGAGGGCGAGGCCCGCGUCCUCGAGCGCGCCCUGGGCGUGCAACCGUCCGCGGAGGCGGUUGGGGAGUCCGCCGCGCAGGUCCUGGUGGGCGACUACGAGGCCGCGGAGGCGGAGGCGGAGGUGCUCCGCCUGCAGCUCCAGUCCGCCUCGCUCGACGCCGCCGCGCUCCGCGACGGCCACGCGGCGCUGGCCGCACGGCUGGCCACCGAGCGGUCGUCGGAGGCCGCGGCCUCUUCACGCCUGCGGCGGCUGGAGGACGAGGAGCAGGCGGAGCGCGACCGCAGGACGCGGGCGGCCUCGGAGCUCCAGGAGGCUCACGGCCAGCGGGCUGCGCUCGCCUCCGAGACGGCGGAGCUGCGCGCAAGCUGCGAGGCCGCCGCCGAGCGGCUGCGAGGCCGCGAAGCCCGGCUGGAAGCCGCGCGCCGCACGGCAUGCGCCCUCGAGGCCGGAUUGGCAGCCGCCGCGGGCCGCGCCGCCAGCGCCGAGGCGGAGGCCCAGCAGAGCACCGCCGAGAUGGAGGAUCGCUGCACGGCGCUCCAUGGCGAGCUCGAGAGCCAGGGCAUUGCGCGCCAGGAGCUCGACGCGCGGCGGGCGGCAAAUCGCAAGCGCCACAGCGAGCAGGAUGCGGUCGAGUGCCGCCUCAGGGAAGAGCUCCGCGCCACCGCGGCCGCCGGCGCCCACCUCGAGGCUGGGUUGGCGGCGUUGUGGCCACGGCUGGAGAUGUCCGGGGACGAGCUGCGGGCCGAGGAAGGCCAGGCUGAGCGGAUAUCGACUGAGGCCGCCGCCCGCGCCGCGCAGGAGAGGCGGCUCGCGACCGAGCUCGCCAGCGCGGCGGAACGGGCGCAAGAGGCCCGCUGCCAGGUCGAGGCCCUGCGCGGCGACCGCGCCCGCGCCCGCGCCGAGGCCGAGGAGGCGCUGGGCUGGUGCGGCCGCGCGAUGGCCGCCUCCGAGGCCUCGGCGCUGACGGUGCGGCGACGCGAGGCGCAGCUGGCGCGGUCGGGGCGCUCCUGCGAGCUGAUGCGCGCUACCCUCGGCCAGCGCCUGGCGGCCUUGGCGGCCCAGGUGGCCGAGGCGAGGAGUGCGGUCGUGGGCGCCGAGGAGGAGCUGGCGCGGGAGCGGGCCGAGCACCACGCCUUGCUCACCCGCCUCCAGGCCGACAGCGACCGGCGCUGCGCCAGGCGCCGCGCGGCACCGCUUACUGUAUAUCGCGAGAUCGUAUUCACCUCCAUAUUGCCGGCCUUCCGCAUGGCUUCCCAGAUGGCCGGUCGGCUCGACCCCGUGACGGGCGAGUAUUACCCAAGCGAUAAUGAAGUGCGCUACAGUAUGGAGCGCUGGCACACGCCACCCAACCACGAGGCGUAUGCGCGGCGCUGGCUCAAGCAGUGUGGCUCGGAGAGGCGACGCUCAGAGGCCGCAGCCACGACACUCUUGUUGCAGACGGGGCCUCCCGUAGCGGACUGGCGCUGGACUGGGCUGCUGAUCUGCUCUGACAUCUCCGUGGGCGGUGGCUGGGGGGCAUCCGCCAAAAAGAUGAAGCGGCGCGGCCCCAGUCAGGACGUCUCACGCGUGAACAGAAGGUCGGCGCGCCGCGAGCGCGGGAGGUGCGCGGAGCGCGUCGCCUCGGCGGCCGCGGGCGGCGGCAGCGGCGGCGAGGGCACGAGGAGAGCAAACCUGGGCGCCCAGCGCCCCCUCCUGGCGGCGCGCUGCCUGGCACUCGCGGCGGCGGCGGCGCUGCUCCCGUGGCAGGACGCUGGGCGCGUGGACACCCUGGCCGAGCGGGGUCCGUCAUUCUUCUGUGGCGUGGCCUGGCAGCGCGGGCUGUCGCCCCGGCGCCGCGCAGGCGGCGUCGCCCUGUCGGCGUGGAAGAAGAAGAAGAAGGAGGUGGACCCCGACAGGGAGGCGAAGCGCGCGGAGGCCCUGAGAAUACGCCAGGAGGCCCUUGCCAAGGCGGGCGUCGCGCCAGCCGUGAUCGCGCAGCAGGACCCGGCAAAAGCAAGAAGCGGGGCCCCGGCAAAAGCAGGGAAGGGGCGCGCGCGGCCCGUGGACUCGGAGAGGGAGGCCAAGCGAAGGGAGGCCAUGAGAAUUCGCGAGGAGGCGCUCCGCGCGGCGCAGCAGGCCAGCGCACCAGCGCCGGCAAGAGCCCCAGCGCCGGCAAGAGCCCCAGUGCCGGUGCCGGCGAAGGCGCCGCCAAGGGCGCCUCCGCCGAGGGCGCCUGCGCUGGCAAAGGCGCCAGCGAAGGCACCGGCGAAGAAGGCAGCGGCGAAGGUUCCAGCGAAGGCGCCGGCGAAGCAGGUGCUGGCGAAGGCACCGGCGAAGGUUCCAGCGAAGGCGCCGGCGAAGCAGGUGCUGGCGAAGGCCGUGGCGAAGAAGGCAGCGCCGGAGGUUCCAGCGAAGGCGCCGGCAAAGGCGGCGGCAAAGGUCGUGGAGGUAAAGGCCCAGCUGACGGAGGAGGAGGUGCGCAGCAUGAAGGUCGGGGAUCUCAAGGCCCUGCUGAAGGAGCACGGGCUGAAGGUCAGUGGCCUGAAGGCCGACCUCGUCAAGCGCGUACUCGAGGAGCUCAGGUGA